AUGGUGGUAUCCGAGGAGCCUGCCCCUGCGCUCGAGGGUGAUGCAGCAGCCAGCAAGAAGGCCGCCAAAAAAGCAGCCAAAGCUGCUGAGAAGCAACAGAAGAAAGCUGAACAUAAGGCAGCUUCUGGACAGCAACAAGCCGAGGUUCCAGAAGCUGACUUCUCCGAGGGUCGCUAUGGAGUUGUCAAGAUGAUCCAGUCCACUGGAGAGAAUCGUGACAGAGUCUACACAGAUGUUAAAAACUUGGGAGUGAAGCUGGACGGACAGCAGGUUUGGGUUAGAGCUCGUCUCCAGACCACCCGCGCUAAAGGGAAGCAGUGCUUCGCGGUGCUUCGGCAGAACAGCAGCACCGUGCAGCUGCUCGUUAACGUCAGCGAGGAGAGGAAGGUCAGCAAACAGAUGGUCAAGUUUACUGGCAACAUAACCAAAGAAUCUAUAGUGGACAUCUUCGCUUCGGUGGUGAAGACGGCGGCUCCGAUAGAGUCAUGUUCGAUUCACGACGUAGAACUCCUGGCCACCGAGGUGUGGCUUGUCUCCGCUGCCAAGUCCCAGCUGCCUUUGCAGAUUGAAGAUGCUAGCAGGCCUGAGAAGAAUGACGACCCUGAAGCUUUGAAGAUCCGCGUAAACCAAGACACCCGGCUUGACAACAGAGUCUUGGACCUGAGGACACCUGCGAACCAGGCCAUCUUCAGACUGGAAGCUGGAGUAUGUAGACUGUUUAGAGACAUCCUCACAAAGAGAGGUUUCGUCGAAAUCCACACACCGAAGAUCAUAUCAGCGGCUUCUGAAGGUGGUGCUAAUGUCUUCACGGUGUCAUACUUCAAGUCCUCGGCCUACCUCGCCCAGAGCCCGCAGCUCUACAAACAAAUGGCCAUAGCUGCUGACUUUGAUAAGGUGUUCACAGUAGGCGCAGUUUUCCGAGCUGAAGACUCCAACACUCACCGCCAUCUCACGGAGUUCGUGGGCCUCGACUUGGAGAUGUCCUUUAAGCACCACUAUCACGAAGUUCUGGAGACCAUUGGGAACACCUUCACAGAAAUGUUCCGGGGGUUGAGAGACGAGUACGCAUCAGAAAUAGCGACAGUUGGGCAGCAGUUCAAAGUGGAGCCUUUCAAGUUCUUGGACCCCCCUCUCAGACUAGAGUUCCCUCAGGCUAUACAGAUGUUGAAAGAAGCAGGAGUUACAGUAGGAGAGGAAGACGACCUGUCGACGCCGGACGAGAAGCUGCUGGGACGGCUCGUGCGCGCCAAGUACGACACGGACUUCUACAUCCUCGACAAGUACCCGCUCGCCGUCCGCCCCUUCUACACCAUGCCAGACCCCAACAACCCCCGGGUGUCCAAUUCGUACGACAUGUUCAUGAGAGGGGAGGAGAUCCUCUCCGGGGCUCAGAGGAUACACGACCCAGAGUACCUCACUGAGAGGGCGAAGCACCACGGUAUUGAUGUCAGCAAGAUAGCAGCCUACAUUGAAUCCUUCAGGUUGGGAUGUCCACCACAUGCAGGUGGAGGCAUAGGUCUCGAGCGCGUGGUGAUGCUGUACCUAGGUCUCGACAACAUUCGGAAGACUUCAAUGUUCCCUAGGGACCCGAAACGUGUGACACCCUGA